AAAUUGAAUUUUAUAUAAGUCAUCAAUCUUUUCAUUGUAAUUAUAGAUUUCCUUAAUAACAAAAUAAAUUUUAUACUAAUAUAUAAAAAAAAACAUGCAGGAGGCUUAGGUGUGAUAAUGGGAAGAAGAAAAUGAUAAAUGAGAUUUGGUGGAAAACUAAGAUAAAAAGAAUUUUGAUUUAAUUGAAUAAAUUUUGGAAGGAAAUAUAGUUUGAAACGUAUGAAUAUAGUGCUGGAUAUGGUAUAUGUUUGGAAAAAGGAGAAAUGAACAAGAAAGAUAAAUACAAGAAAAUAUCAAUAUAGUACAGUAAAACCUGGUUUUGUGCGGUCCUUUUUUAUGCGAUGUUAUUUUUGUGCGAUUUUAUUUUUAUGCGAUUUUAUUUUUGUGCAAUUUUAUUUUUAUGCGAUUUUAUUUUUGUGCGGUAUAUGAAUCUUAGCGGCGUUAGCACCAGUUUAAUGUUUCCUAUCAAUGUACAUAUACAUGUAUGGACGAACUCUGAUUACGUAGUCUCCUUGACAACGAUGUAUCUGGACUUCGCAAUGCUCUGUUCAUUUGUUUUAAACAAUCUCCUGACAAUGCAGAGUCAGUUACGUACAUAUUGUCGCUCGACGCGCGAAAAGUAUACGCUUCGUAUUCAGAGUUUUAUGCACGAUUCACGUGAUUAAGAAUUCAUUUUACAGUGAGAUUAAAGACAUAAGUACUCCCUUAAAAUGAAUAAUUAUAGCCAAAAGAAAGUAAAAAGACAGACAAUUCCAUUAGAAACAAAAAUUCUAAUAUUAAAUAGACUAGUAAAUGGUGAAGGAUCCACAGCUGUUGCUAACGAAUUUAAAUUAGAUGAAUCCACGAUUAGAGCUAUACACAAACGUGCGAGUAAAAUAUAUGAAUCUCUUAAUAGUGCAACAAACGACAGUAGUAAAAGAGCAUCAUAUUCGAGAAAUAUUGUAAUAGAGAAAACGGAAAAGGCUCUCGUGUUUUGGGUUAAAGAUUUAACUAAAAAACGAAUCCCCAUUCACAAAGAAUUAAUUCAAGAAAAAGCUAGAUAGUAUUUCAACCAACUGAAGGAUUUAGAACCAAGUUCGUCAUCUUGUUUACGAAACGUGAAAUUUUCUGCGAGCAAUGGCUGGUUUGCUGGAUUUUUACAACGAUACUCACUUCACAAUGUAAAGAUAUAAGGCGAGGCAGCGUUUGCCGAUGAAACAGCUGCUAUGAAUUAUCGCAAAGUAUUAGCGGAAAUCAUUGAUGAUGGUGGAUAUUGCCCAGAUCAAGUAUUUAAUGCAGAUGAGACUGGGUUAUUCUGGAAAAAGAUGAUUGAGGGACCAAACUGUCAAUGAUAGUGACAUUAUCAAUAGUUUGAUAGAUUAUGAAAAUGGACAAGAAGAACCGGAAAAUAUUACAGCAGAUAAAAUAUAUGCAGAGAUCCAGAUUUCUAAAAAAUUGGGAACGCAUUUUUUUAAAAUAGAUACCAAUGCGGAAAGAUGCUUAAAAUUCCAAAAAGAGCUGAGAUCAUGCAUGUCUCGCUAUCGUGACGUUUACAAGCAAUUGACUAGUCGACUGUCGUCACAAAAACUGAUCACUGACUUUAUGGUACCAAAAAACAAAUCAAUUGAAAUCCUAUCUUUAAGCGACGAAAGCGAUUUUGAACCAAUUCAUCACAAGAAGAUGCGCGUUUUGGAUUACGACGAGUAACACCAAACUAUUUAAUGUAUAAUUUGAAAACUUCUCCAUGUAUAUGUACAAUGAAGAAUUAAAUAUUUUUACAAUUUC